AUGGCUGAGAGUGCGUUAAAGAGCGCAUGGCCCGGUGCUUCGCAGGAAGACUUUACAGCUUUUCAUUUCCGUCUGGGCAGAGCGACUAUCCACGGCAAGAUGUCGUUCUCCAAGGAGACAGGACAACGUCAUCCUACGUUCAUCGCUCCAUGUGACCGACCAGCUUACGACAAAUCUGUCACGCUGGAGGAGUACAUGUACUAUGCCAAGACGACUCGCCAAGAGGAAAAGGACACACCACUCAGCCCAGCACAAUCUGGCUCAUUUCUCAGCCAAAUCUUCCACCGAAAGGCCGUCGAUAGUGCAGCGACUCCCAGCGGGACAGAGUCUCCGAAUGGCGAUCACGAGAAAACCAUCUCCCAAACUCCAGCAUCGGAUGGUCGAGCUCGCAUCUCUCCUGACGAAUGGAGGGACGCGAGUCGCCUCAUGCGGACGGCUAGCUGGGGAGCUGGCUUCUACUUGAUCACUACGGACAUCCUCGGUCCUUAUGGUGUCGGGUUCGCGAUCGGGACACUCGGAUGGGGCCCAGGCAUAGCGCUGUACACGGUCUUUGGGUUCUUAGCCGGCUACUGUGGCUAUCUCCUUUGGAAGCUCUACAUGGGUCUUGACAGCUACGAGUUCCCGCUUCGCAACUACGGAGACAUUGCUUUUCGUGUCUUUGGCGCUCCUGCACGACAUGCCGUCAAUAUCCUCCAGUCGAUCCAGCUGUGCUUGAUCUGUGGCCAGGUGAUCAUCCAGAACGGACAGGGAAUCUCGCAAGCGUCCAAGUUCAGACUCUGCUACGUCGUCUGCAUUCUAAUCUUCGUCAUCGCCGGUUUCCUGGUUGGCCAGGUCCGAACACUGCGCAACUACGGUGUCGCCUCGGCCGUAGCCGUUGGACUGAACCUGAUGGUCAUCUUCGUCUCAAUGGGUGUGAUGGCACACUCGCAGCCAAACUUCGCCAUCUCCGUCCUGGGUAGUGCUGGGGCAGCAAAUGGUGAUGGCUCAAUCACUCCCGACGCAGCGGGCGUCUUCGCGUACGGCGGCGCACAGAUCUUCAUUGAGAUCAUGGCCGAGAUGCGUCGGCCGUGGGACUUCAUCAAGGCGAUGUGGUCGGCUCAGUUCUUCAUCUGGAGCGUGUAUCUGAUCUACGGUUGCUACACAUACUAUUGGCAAGGACAGUACGCCUUCCAGGUCUCCUACCUUGGCCUCUCCGUCUAUGGCUGGUCCGUAGCCUGCAAUAUGAUGGCUGUGAUCAGUGGCCUCGUCGCUGCUGGGCUAUACAGUAAUAUUGGGAUUAAGGUCUUGUACAACAAUAUCCUCAUGGACUUGUUCAAGGCGCCCCCUCUGACUACGCGCAAGGGUAAAGUGCUCUUCGGGAUUAUUGUCCCAUUGUACUGGAUCACAGCCUUCAUCAUCGCUGCCGCUAUCCCGGACUACUUCGGCUUUGUGUCAGUCAUCGCCUCGUUCUGCAUCGUGCAGUUCAGCUAUAGCUUCCCGCCGAUCCUGCACUUGGGAUACAUGAUGCAAAGGAGUGCGGUGCGAACAGCGCUGAACGAGGGGUUUGAUCCUGUCUCGGGCGAGACGAAUCGACAAGAUCGUGGGCUUAAGCGAUGGCUUCGUGGGUUCCAUGCUGAAAGGUGGUAUAUCAACGUCUGGCACACCAUCCUGGCUGGUGGCGCGCUAUCCGUGGCCGGCUUGGGAAGCUACGCGGCUAUUCAAGGUAUGAUUGAUGCUUUUGAGAAUCCUCAAAUCACGGCUUUCACAUGUACGAGUCCGCUGAACCUCAAUCCGUAG